AUGAGAGCAGGAGUUUGUAGCAUACAGCUACAAGCUUUGACGCCAGAGGCUGCAGCCCUAGUUAAGCAAGCUGUUACUCUUGCCACAAGAAGAGGACAUGCUCAAGUGACCCCUCUUCAUAUUGCUACUGUCAUGCUUGCUACUUCCACUGGCCUUCUCCGUAAAGCUUGCCUUCAAUGCCACUCUCACCCUCUUCAAUACAAGGCAUUAGAACUUUGCUUCAAUGUUUCCCUCAACCGUUUGCCUGCAUCCACACCGAGCCCUCUUUUGAGUACUUCAUAUUCCACCACUCCCUCACUCUCCAAUGCCUUAGUUGCGGCCUUCAAGCGAGCUCAGGCUCACCAACGCCGUGGCUCCAUUGAGAACCAGCAGCAACCCAUUCUGGCCUUGAAGAUUGAGGUGGAGCAGCUCAUAGUCUCUAUCCUUGAUGACCCUAGUAUUAGCAGGGUCAUGAGAGAAGCUGGUUUCUCUAGUGCCCUUGUUAAAACCAGGGUUGAACAAACUGUUUCAAUGGAAGUUUGUUCACAAGAACAAGCAUCCAAGGAAAACACUAGCAAGAUUCAAGUUCUUGGUGGUAGAAACAUGUCCCCACCAAGAUCUCUUAGUCAAUUUGGGGGCUCAUUCAUCAAGUCUAUGGACCAUGUUGAUAAUGAGGUUGCUUGUAUAGAUGAUGCAAAUAGUGCUUUGAAUGAACUUGUGAGCAAGAGGAGAAACACAGUCAUUGUUGGGGAGAGUCUUGCUAGUGCCGAGGGAGUAGCUAGGGGAGUGAUGGAAAGGUUGGAGAGAGGGAAUGUUCAAGGAGAGUUGAGGUUUGUGCAAUUUGUGAGUCUUCCUCUUGUCUCCUUCAGGAACAUUAGCAAGGAGGAGGUUGAAAGGAAGCUAGUAGAGCUUAGAAGCCUAGUAAAAUGUCACGUGGGAAGAGGGUUUAUUCUAUACUUGGGUGAUCUCAAGUGGUUGUUUGAGUUCUGGUCAAGUUAUUGUGAGCAAAGAACAAAUUAUUACAAUUCCGUGGAGCAUAUGGUGAUGGAGCUUAAAAAAUUGAUUAGUGGAAACGGGGAGAAUGUAAGAUUGUGGUUAAUGGGGAUAGCAACUCUUAGAACAUACAUGAAGGGCAAAGCAUGUCACCCCUCCCUUGAAACUAUUUGGGAUCUUCACCCUUUUACAGUUCCGGUUGGUAGCCUGAGCCUUGGUUUAAAUUUUGAUAGCGAUUUUCAAGUUCAGGAGAGAAGCAAGGUAACAUUCAAGGACGAAUCUUUUGAAGAACGUGCCAAAGUGCGCAAACAACUAACUUGCUGCAGAGAUUGCUCAUUGAAUUUUGAAAAAGAGGCUAAAAGCAUCGCUAGUAGUAUUACUAUAAGCAAUAGAGAUUGCACUACUAGCUUGCCAACAUGGCUCAAAAAUUGCAAGGAAGAGAGAAGUCACGUGAUGGAUAAUCAGGAGAAUGCUAAGCUUAGGGAUAUCUGCAAGAAAUGGAACUCAUUUUGCAGUUCAGCACAUGGAUAUCCCUCCAAUCUUGAGAAGCAAUUUUUGUUGAUUUCAUCCUCACCUUCAUCCCCUACUUCAUUCUCUUCACAUGAAAGAAAGUGUAGCUUGAAUCUUAGCCACCGAAAUUGGCCAGUCAUUUCAGAACCAAAAGAAGAACCUAAAGAAUGUAAUUUAUACACUGAGACUACUGUUAGUGAUGAGUGUUAUGAAGGAAACUUGAUAAUGUUCAUGCCAGAGAGAAACAUCCCUAAGCCAGAUCUUUUGUCUAAUCCCAAUUCUAGCCCCAAUUCUGCUUCUUCAAGUGAGGCAGUGGAAGGUUUGGAUAGCACUCAAAUGUUCAAGGAACAUAAUGAUGAGAAUCUCAAGAUUCUCAGUGAUUCAUUGCAGAAAAAGGUUACACAAAAUAAAGAAAUGGCUAAGGAGAUUGCUAGCACUGUGCUUCUUUGCAGGUCAGGAAUGAGAAAAGGAGAUAAUCACUUGGUGAAGAGAGAAGAUAGACAAGAAACUUGGUUUUUCUUUCUAGGUAUGGAUUAUAAAGCAAAAGAAAUGGUCUCAAAAGAGCUUGCUAAAGUUGUCUUUGGCUCUUAUAGUAACUUCCACUCCAUUGGUGUAAGCAGUUUCUCUACCUCAAGAGGUGGUGAUUCGACUAAUGAGGAGUCCAAAAGUAAAAGACCAAGAGAUGAGUUUGGUGGCAGUUAUCUUCAAAGAUUUGGGGAAGCUGUAAAUGAGAAUCCUCAUAGGGUGUUCUUCAUGGAAGAUUUGGAGCAAGUUGAUCACUUUUCAAAAAAGGGUGUUAAGAAAGCAAUUGAAAGUGGAACUAUAACCCUUCCUGGGGGUGAAUCUGUGCCUCUCAAGGAUGCAAUUGUCAUUUUCAGCUGUGAAAGCUUUAGUUCAGUGUCAAGAGCCUCUUCUCCUGCAAGAACUACUUCUCCAUCUUCUGAUGAAAACUUGGAGAAAGAGAAUAUCAAUGACUCAGAGGAGAAAAUUCCAUGGCUUUCUCUGGAUCUGAACAUGGCCAUUGAAGUUGAUGCACCAAAAAAUGUGCAUUUAGAUGGAGUCACUGCUGAGAUCCUGGAGUUAGUUGAUAAGAAAAUUAAGUUUAAAAUAUGA